AUUUUUACCUAUAUAUAAAAAGACAGUAAUUUUCACAAUUCAUUAGUAACAGAUUUACAUCUGAAACGAAAUCGAAAAAUAUUAAAACGAAAAUAGACUUUUUAAAACAAAAUGUCUCUUGUACCAUUAUUUUUCCGCGACUGGUGGGAUGACUUAGAAACCACACGUCCAACCUCCCGACUAUUGGAUCAAAACUUUGGUAUGGGAAUCAAUCGUGAUGAUUUAUUAUCUUCAAUAGCCGUUCCAUCUCGUUCAUUAUUACGCGCCAACAGUGGAUACUAUCGUCCAUGGGGUAGUUUAUUAAAUCGACAAAACUCCAGUUCAACAAUUAAUGUCGAUAAAGAGAAAUUUGAAGUUACCUUAGAUGUACAACAAUUCACACCAAAUGAAAUAACCGUUAAAGUAACAAAUGAAACAAACACAAUUGUUGUGGAAGGAAAACAUGAAGAGAAACAAGAUGAACAUGGUUAUAUUUCACGGCAUUUCGUUAGACGUUAUGUAAUACCUCAAGGACAUGACUUGAAUGGAGUUGUGUCAAGCUUAUCUUCUGAUGGUGUUUUAAUAGUAACCGUACCAAAGAAAUCUUUACCAAUUGCCCAAGGUGAACGUGUUAUACCAAUUAAACAAGUUGCGGCAAAAAAUGAUAACCAAAUGAAAAUUGACGAACCAAAUUAAUGUAACCACUAUUUUUUUGAGAUAAUUUUAUAUUUAUGACGAAAUAAAUUAUUAUUUUUUAUA